GAGAUUAAUUCGUGCAACUAAAGAAGAAGAAGAAGAGAUCAAAGGAUGGGGAAAGAUUUCAAAAGCAUGGUGACACGAUGCAUCUACGUCGGAAAAGAGAACGAUAACGUCAAGAAGCUGAAAACCGCGACGGAGGAGCUCAAGGAUCUACGCAGCAAUGUGAUGAAAAGAGUCAAAAUGUACGAAGAUCAGCAGAAACUGAAGCGGCUCGAGAAGGUCCAGGUUUGGCUUAGACAAUCCGACGCAGCGAUCAAAGAGGCAGAAGAGAUGUUGAUGAUUAUGAUGUCUUCUUCUUCUUCGAAUGGAUCGAGCAUAGUGACGAGUAGUCACAAGGUAGACAAGAAGAUUUGCAAGAUGACGAAAGAGGUUCAGGAGAUAAAGAGCAGAGGAACAUUCGAUGUGGUGGUUGAGAAUAGUGGGAUCGGUGGUGGUGCAUCGAUGAUGACCUCGACCGUUGCUAGAGAAGAUCAGACGGUUGGAUUGGAAGCGGUUUCAGGGCUAGUGUGGCGGUGCAUGACGGUGGAUAACACCGGGAUUAUUGGGUUGUACGGCGUGGAAGGCGUUGGAAAGACGACGGUGUUGACUCAGGUUAACAACAGGUUGCUUCAGCACAAGUCAAAUGGGUUUGACUUUGUGAUUUGGGUGUUUGUGUCCAAGAAUCUGAAUCUUGAGAAGAUUCAGGACACGAUUCGAGAGAAGAUAGGGUUUCUUGACAGGUCGUGGACUAGCAAGACCGAGGAAGAAAAGGCCGGUACGAUCUUCGAGAUACUUAGCAAGAGACGUUUCGCUUUGUUCCUCGACGACGUUUGGGAGAAAGUCGAUCUAGUGAAAGCUGGUGUGCCGCCACCGGACGGACAGAACAGAUCGAAGAUAGUGUUCACGACGUGUUCGGACGAGGUUUGUCGGGAAAUGGGAGCACAAACGAAGAUCAAAAUGGAGAAGCUGCCAUGGGAGAGAGCUUGGGACUUGUUUAAGAAGAAUGCCGGAGAAGAGACGGUGAAGAGCCACCCGGACAUAACUAAGGUGGCUCAGGAGGUUGCAGCCAAGUGCGAUGGCCUCCCCUUGGCUCUGGUCACAAUCGGCCGAGCCAUGGCCUCUAAGAAAACACCUCAGGAUUGGCGUGACGCUUUGUACAUCUUGAGUAACUCUCCUCCCAAUUUCUCAGUUCUCAAGUUACUGGAUAGGAACUAGUUAAUGUACAGUCGAGGAAAGUGCACGGAGAACAAAAAGAUUUUGAUUAGAAAGACUAAUGAUUGUAUUUUUUAUUUGUGUAUUUUUAAUACUAUAUUUGAGAGUUUUUUACGUAUCCGACUAGAGUUUUGACGAAUUUGGUUGAAGCUUGAAAUGUUUUGAGGGUUAAUUAUUGGUCUUGUAUUUACUUUUUAUUUUUUAAUUGAAAAAGUUUGGUUCUCGUGAAUGUGAUUUCACUUCAUUAUGCGACACUUGGAUUAAUCUGUUUAGC